AUGGCUUGGUUGAAGAGGGCUAAAGAAGAGGAUGUAAGGGACUUUGGUAUGUUGGACAUGGUUGAUAAAGAACAAAACAACGCAUACCAACCAGAAAAGAGAAUAGGAGAAUUAAAUAGGACGGAGAGAUUGAGAGAGGCCAAGAAAGAUGGUUUUUAUAAAAUGGGGGUUAGGAUUCCUUUGGUGGCAGAUACUGUAAAUUUGGGAUUUGACGAGGCGUACGACACGUGGACAGGGGGUGGAGAGGAUGGAUACACGUGGAUGCAAGUGGGGCCAUGA